CUUUGGCGAACGAGCCAUGAAGCUGAAGCACUUACAGUGAAGAGAAACCGAGUCUGAAAUGCCGACCUCAGGGGAAGUUUUAAAGUCUCCCGUGGAGGAUGGGUUGAAAAAGUACAGCGUCCUCCCGCCCAUCCCGAGUGGGCCAGGUGAGGCGGGCGGCAGUGGCUCCUGCCUGCCGGAACACAGAAGAGCAGUUCGGAGGAAACUUCUGCACCACAGGAGAAGCAAACAGCAGCAGAAGGAGCUACAUGGAGUCAUGGUCGCUGCUGCAGUGCAAGCCUACAAGCAAGCAAAGGAUGCAACCCCAGUGGCAUCAAUAUACCCUGAAUCUGAGCUUCCCUCAACGAUUAGCAGCGAGGCAAGGAAGCAGCGAAUGAACUACAUGUUCCUGAAGCAGUGUGUUGAAAAGAGCCCCAUCGUGCCUAUUCAGCAGCACUGGCUGGAUGACAUGUUGACCCGUGUUUCACCGCAGCUCCGCCAAGGCAGAGAGGAGAUGCUGGAGGAGCUCUGCAAGGAGGUCAGCGAGAACUUUCUCAGCAGCAUGGUCAAACACACAGUUAACAGCGUUCUCCGAGACCCAGAAAUGAAGGACACGCUCCCUGCCUUAAAAAGCGCACCAGGAACAAAGGCUCUUGACUACUCCAGGCCUUGGCACAACAGCUUUAUCAGGAGCCGAAAGGUGAUAAAGGAAAAUUUGCACAUCUUGCAUCCAGUCAUGAAAAUUAUUUUGGAUAUCUGUCACACAACAUUCUCUCAACUGCUCCUCGUCGACCUCUCAGACUGCAGGUCCACUGGGCCUGUGGACUGUGAGAACCUGAAGAACAAAGUGGCUGUGGAGUGUGAGAGAAUCGAGGAGAAGCUCAUGAACACUUGGUUUCCAAAAGUCAUUCACCUGCUCACCAGCAAAGACACGGUGCAAAGAAUCAGAGCAGAGAAGCUGGACGCGUUUUACAACUGUGCCUCCACACUUCUGUCCAACCAGCUGAAGGCCCUGGUUGAGAGGAGCGUAGAGGCGUUCAUAAGCCUGUUUGAUCCCCUCAAUACACACAAGCUCCUCAUAUUCAGGAUGGAUCUGACCUUUGAUGAUGAGAACAUGGACUUCUAUCCCAGUUUUCAGGAUCUAGAGGAGGCUGUGCUAGAGAUUUUCAACUUGAUAACUAAGACCAUGCAGAAAGUUCAGACUGUUCAGUCCUGGCUGGCCGAAACCAACAGCUCAGUAGUUGAUGCUAAACUUGCAGACCAUGUUCUUGUAAGAGCACGGACCACACUGCAGAACGCUGUCCGUAAAAACCUGGAGGCACCUGGCAGGCACUUUCAACAUUAUUCUAACAACUAUGAUUGGCUAGUCAAUGGGACAGCACAGGCACAGGUAGAGACAUUUAUGCUGGAGGAGCACAGUUUUGAUCAGUAUACACAGCAAGUGGAGAAGUUCCAGACUCUGUACCAAGAGAUCUCCAGCCUCCAAUCAGUAGUUCAUUUUGAUAUGAUCCACUUGGACUGUGAAGAGCUCAAACAGGGACUGGCAAAUAAAGCCAAAACUUUCGCUCAGAUCCUUUUGGAACGACUGAUCAACACGCACCGUGAACACUGUCUUCAAAUCUGUAAGGAGUUUGAGACCAUUCGCAAUAAGGCUCUAAAAAUCCCAGAUACAACCGAGGACAUGACAGAAAUGAUUGCUUACAUUGUUCAUGCAAAAACCAAGGGAAUAGAGGUGCUCAACAAUAAGAUAAUGGAAACACAUCGUAGGUUAAAUUACUUACUAGAUGUGCACGUAUUUGAUGUAGAAGACUUGGAGCUUAAUUCUGCAGUGCUGCUGUGGCCACAAAAUAUCAGUCCAAUCUUUCAACUCAAUGAUGAGGUGUUGGAGAAGGCCAAGCAGAAAGGAGAGCAGGAGCUGCAGGGCAGGAGGGAGAAACUGAUGCUGGAACUGGAGAAACUUAGUCGAAGGAUGGAGGAAUUUGCAGAGUGUUCAGAACUGGACAUGAUGCAACAGUAUGUAACGGAUGUCAGAACAGUACAGAAGAGGCUUCAGGAAGUUGAAGACUCCAUUGUCUUCAUCAACAAAGAAGAGGCCCUCUACAAAUGGGACCUAACUGUUUAUCCAGAAGUGAAUGUUAUCAAGGAGAACAUUGAGCCUUAUCAGAAGCUCUUUGGGCUUGUGCUGAAAUGGCAGCGCACUGAGAAGAGAUGGAUGGAUGGGUCCUUUUUAGAUUUAAAUGGUGAGAGUAUGGAGGCCGAAGUGGAUGAGUUUUUCCGUGAAGUCUACAAGAUGCUGAAGUUUUUCCAACAGAAACAGAAGAAGGCAGAGCAGGAGAGAGAGAAAACGGUAGCAGUGAGGCAAAGACAUGGAGAAGAUGAAGAUAAACAGGAGAGUCCCACCGUUCUCAUCUGUUUAAGUGUCAUAGAGCAGAUCAAAGAAUUUAAGGAACACAUCCCGAUGGUGUCCAUACUGUGUAAUCCAGGCAUCAGGGCCAGGCACUGGGAACAGAUGUCUGAGAUCGUGAACUAUGACCUGACGCCUAAUUCAGGCAGCACUCUGCGCAAAGUCCUCAAACAGAAUCUCACCUCUUACAUGGAGCAGUUUGAAACUAUCAGUGCUGCUGCCAGCAAAGAAUUCUCUCUGGAGAAGGCCAUGCAGAAUAUGGUGGAGGCUUGGGAUGCCGUAUCAUUCAAUCAUCAUGCCUACAGAGAGUCUGGGGUGUCUAUCCUUACCGCCGUGGACGAGAUUCAGACUAUGCUAGAUGACCAGAUAGUGAAAACCCAAACCAUGAGAGGCUCCCCUUUUAUCAAGCCUUUUGAAACAGAGAUUAAGGCAUGGGAGGAGCGCCUGAUUCGUAUUCAGGACACCAUAGACGAGUGGCUGAGGGUGCAGGCCCAGUGGCUCUACCUGGAGCCCAUCUUUAGUUCUCAAGACAUCAUGCAGCAGAUGCCUGAGGAGGGACGACUAUUCCAGACAGUGGACAAGCACUGGAAGGAGGUCAUGAGACAUUGUGUGAAGGACUCAAAGGUUUUACCUGCAACUUCACUGCCUGGCUUACUUGAAAAGCUUCAGGACUCAAAUAACCUUCUGGACAAAAUUAUGAAAGGAUUGAAUGCUUACCUUGAGAAGAAAAGACUAUUCUUUCCACGCUUCUUCUUCCUCUCGAAUGAUGAAAUGCUGGAGAUUCUGUCUGAGACCAAGGACCCGUUGCGUGUGCAGCCUCACCUGAAGAAGUGUUUUGAGGGCAUUGCCAAGCUGGACUUCUUGCCCAACCUGGACAUCCAGGCCAUGUACAGCAGUGAGGGGGAGCGUGUAGGCCUGAUCCAGCUGAUCUCCACCUCAGAGGCGCGGGGAGCGGUAGAGAAGUGGCUGGUGCAAGUGGAGGACGUGAUGCUGCGUAGCGUUAGGGACGUUAUUAACCGCUCCAGAUUGGCAUACCCAGAGACAAAGAGGAGUCAGUGGGUUCGUGAGUGGCCUGGCCAGGUGGUUCUCUGUACCUCUCAAAUGUACUGGACUCUAGAAGUACACGAAGCCAUUAGGAGUGGAGCUGAUGGUCUGAAGAACUACUAUGAUCAACUACAGAGCCAGCUGAAUGACAUCGUUGAGCUGGUCAGAGGAAAAUUGCCCAAGCAGACUCGCACUACUCUAGGAGCGUUGGUCACUAUAGAUGUACAUGCCCGUGAUGUUGUCAUGGAAAUGAUCCAGAAAGGCGUUUCUCAUGAGACAGACUUCCAGUGGCUUGCCCAGCUGCGUUAUUACUGGAAUAAUGACAAUGUCCGUGUCUGCAUCAUCAACUGUGAUGUCAAGUAUGCUUAUGAGUACUUAGGGAAUUCUCCUCGCUUGGUCAUCACACCUUUAACAGAUCGAUGCUACCGAACUUUGAUUGGAGCAUUUUACCUGAAUUUAGGUGGAGCUCCUGAAGGCCCUGCAGGAACAGGCAAAACAGAGACCACUAAAGACUUGGCCAAAGCCCUUGCUGUGCAGUGUGUAGUGUUCAACUGCUCUGAUGGACUUGACUACUUAGCCAUGGGAAAGUUCUUUAAGGGACUGGCAUCUUCAGGUGCGUGGGCAUGCUUUGAUGAAUUUAACCGCAUUGAGCUGGAGGUACUGUCUGUGGUGGCACAGCAGAUCCUGUGCAUUCAGAGAGCUAUUGAGAUGAAGCUGGAGGUUUUUGACUUUGAGGGUACUGAGCUUCGCCUCAAUCCAAACUGCUUUGUAGCCAUCACCAUGAACCCUGGAUAUGCUGGAAGAUCUGAGCUUCCUGACAACCUUAAGGUUUUGUUCAGAACUGUUGCAAUGAUGGUCCCUAACUAUGCUCUGAUAGCAGAGAUUUCUCUGUACUCUUAUGGCUUUUUGAAUGCCAAGCCACUUUCAGUGAAGAUAGUAAUGACCUACAGGCUGUGCUCUGAGCAGUUGUCCUCCCAGUUCCACUACGAUUAUGGAAUGAGAGCUGUCAAAGCAGUACUGGUGGCAGCAGGAAACCUCAAACUCAAGUUUCCAAAUGAAAAUGAAGAUAUUCUUCUCCUACGCUCCAUCAAAGAUGUGAAUGAACCCAAGUUUCUCUCCCACGACAUUCCUCUCUUUAAUGGAAUCACAAGUGAUCUCUUCCCUGGCAUCUCUCUCCCUGUGGCUGACUAUCAGCUCUUCCUGGGUUGUGCUCAAGAAUGCUGCAAAAACCACAAUGUUCAGCCUGUGAAAGUUUUCCUCGAUAAAAUGAUCCAGACCUAUGAGAUGAUGAUUGUGCGUCAUGGGUUCAUGCUUGUUGGUGAACCAUUUGCGGGUAAAACCAAAGUGCUGCAUGUCUUAGCUGACACUCUCACACUCAUGAAUGAGAGGGGUUACAAUGAGGAGGAGAAAGUCCAGUACCGCACAGUGAACCCAAAAUCCAUCACAAUGGGACAGCUUUUCGGCCAGUUUGACCCUGUGUCCCAUGAGUGGACUGAUGGAAUUGUGGCGAACACGUUUCGGGAGUUUGCCUCAUCUGAGACCCCAGACAGGAAGUGGGUGGUGUUUGAUGGACCCAUUGACACACUCUGGAUUGAGAGUAUGAACACUGUGCUGGAUGAUAACAAAAAGCUGUGCCUAAUGAGUGGAGAAAUUAUCCAGAUGUCCAACCAGAUGAGUCUGAUUUUUGAAGCCAUGGACUUGUCGCAGGCCUCACCAGCAACAGUGAGCCGUUGUGGAAUGAUCUACAUGGAGCCAUCUCAGCUCGGAUGGCAUCCGCUUGUGGAAUCCUGGUUAAACACUCUACCCCAGCCUCUUCAGUCUCAGGAGAAUUCCACAUUACUGUUGGAGCUGUUUAAUUGGCUGGUUCCCCCGGCACUUAAGAUGUUAAGAAAAAACUGUAGAGAGGUUGUCUCCACCACUAACAGCAAUACAGUUGUGUCUCUUACACGACUCUUUGGAAUGUUGCUUACUGAACCUGUAACUGAAGAACCUGGAAGCAAGAAUAUACGCACGUGGAUCAUGGCAGCUUUUGCCUUUUCCUUGGUGUGGUCUGUUGGUGGGUGCUGUGAUGGAGACAGUCGUAGAAGAUUUGAUGAGUUUCUGAAGGAAAUCACAUCAGGAAAAUCAGAUGAGCACCCCAUUCCUGCCACUGUUUCAAAGUGGGAAUGCCCUUUUGAUGACAAGGGUCUUGUUUAUGACUACUCUUAUGAGUUCAAAGGAAAAGGCCGCUGGGUUCACUGGAAUGAAGCAAUAAAGAACGUCACAUUAGGGGACAAGAACACCAAAGUUCAGGACAUCAUUGUUCCUACAAUUGACACAGUGCGCUACACCUACCUAAUGGACCUCUGUAUUAACUUUGGAGUGCCUCUUCUGUUUGUUGGUCCCACUGGCACUGGGAAGUCUGUUUAUGUGAAGGAGAAACUCAUGAACAAUCUAGACAAGGAUCGCUACCUGCCCUUCUUUAUCAACUUCUCAGCACGCACUAGCGCCAACCAGAGUCAGAACAUAAUUAUGUCCAGGCUAGAUAAACGACGAAAGGGGGUAUUUGGACCUCCCAUGGGAAAGAAAUGCAUAAUUUUUGUGGAUGAUAUGAACAUGCCAGCAAUGGAAGUGUUCGGUGCACAGCCUCCUAUUGAGCUGCUUCGUCAGUAUUUUGACCAUGGAAAUUGGUAUGACCUAAAGGACACCUCCAAAAUCACUCUGGUUGAUCUGCAGCUGAUUUCAGCCAUGGGGCCCCCUGGUGGUGGGCGGAAUGCAGUAACUCCUCGUUUUUUGCGGCACUUUAACGUCUGUAGUAUGAAUGCAUUUAGUGAUGAAACCAUGUCACGCAUCUUCACUAACGUGGUAGCCUUUUACUUGCGUAACAAUGGCUUUCCACCUGACUGCUUCACUAUUGGCAACCAGAUAGUUACUGCUACCCUGGAGGUUUAUAAAAAGGCAAUGGAAAACCUACUUCCCACCCCAGCCAAGUCCCACUACACAUUCAACCUGCGAGAUUUCUCCCGAGUGGUGCAGGGAUGCCUGCUGUUGAAGAAGGAAUCUCUGGAGAGCAAGCGCACCAUGAUCCGCCUGUUCGUUCACGAGGUGUUUCGUGUCUUUUAUGAUCGCCUGGUAGACGACCAGGACCGAGCCUGGCUCUAUAAACUCAUGAAUGACAUUGUGAAGGACCAUUUCAAGGAGAGUUUUGACGCUGUUUUUGAGCAUUUGAAAGCUGAGAAAAAGCCUCUCUGUGAAGAGGACAUGAGGAACCUGUUGUUUGGAGACUACAUGACCCCUGAUGUCGACGCCAGUGAAAGGUUAUAUGCUGAGGUUCCCAGCAUGGAAAGCUUCAGUCAAGUGGUAGAGUCCUAUCUGACGGAGUACAACCAGACUCAUAAGAACCGCAUGAACCUGGUCAUCUUCCGCUAUGUUCUGGAACACCUGUCCAGAAUCAGCCGUGUGUUGAAGCAGCCUGGGGGAAACGCUCUGCUGGUGGGGGUUGGAGGAAGCGGCCGUCAGUCCAUCACGAGGCUGGCCACUUUCAUGGCCGACAUGACUCUGUUCCAGCCUGAGAUCUCCAAGAACUAUGGCAUGAACGAGUGGAGAGAUGACCUCAAGCUUCUGUUGAAGAAAGCAGGGGUGAAGGGCCAGAAGACAGUGUUCCUACUCACAGAUGCUCAGAUAAAAGAAGAGGCCUUCUUAGAGGACGUAGACAGCGUCUUAAACACAGGGGAGGUUCCAAAUAUAUUUGCUGUGGAUGAAAAGCAAGAGAUCAUGGAGGCUGUGCGGCCCAUAGCCCAGGCUGGUAAUAAGAAUUUGGAGUUCAGCCCGUUGGCUCUGUUUGCAUACUUCGUCAAUCGAUGUAGAGAGAACCUGCACAUAGUGGUGGCUUUCAGUCCUAUUGGAGAUGCCUUCAGAAACCGUCUCAGACAGUUUCCCUCUCUGAUCAACUGCUGCACAAUCAACUGGUUCCAACCAUGGCCUGAAGAAGCACUGGAGCGAGUAGCCAACAAGUUUUUAGAGACGCUGGAGAUGAGUGAUCAUGAGCGGCGAGAAGUUAUGCUGAUCUGCAAGACUUUCCACACAUCUGCAAUUGAUUUGUCCAAGAGGUUUCUGUCAGAGCUUGGUCGCCACAACUAUGUGACUCCUACGUCCUAUUUGGAGCUCAUAGCUGCUUUUAGACUGCUCCUGACUCAGAAACGAGACACAGUAAUGAAGGCUAAGAAGAGAUAUACUAAUGGACUGGACAAGCUGGCUUUUGCUGAAUCUCAGGUAGGUGAAAUGAAGAAGGAGCUUGUGGACCUGCAGCCCAAACUGGAGCAGGCCAAGAUUGACAACACUAAAAUGAUGCAGGUAAUAGAGGUGGAGUCAGUGCAGGUUGAAGCUAAGAGUAAAGUUGUUCGUGUGGAUGAGGAGGUGGCUACUCAAAAGGCAAACGAAGCACAGGCUCUGAAAAACGAGUGUGAGAGUGACCUCGCUGAGGCCAUCCCUGCUCUGGAGGCUGCUCUUUCUGCUCUCGACACACUGAAGCCCUCUGAUAUUACAAUUGUAAAGUCUAUGAAAAAUCCUCCAUCUGGAGUUAAGCUAGUGAUGGCAGCAGUGUGUGUGAUGAAAGACAUCAAACCUGAGAAGAUCAGUGAUCCUGCAGGAACAGGACAGAAGAUUCUUGACUAUUGGGGUCCAAGCAAGAAGCUGCUUGGAGACAUGAAUUUCCUCAGGGACCUGAAAGUGUAUGACAAGGACAACAUUCCUGCACCAGUCAUGCACAAAAUCCGUAGCGAGUAUAUGACCAACCCUGACUUUGACCCCACCAAAGUGGCCAAGGCCUCUUCUGCAGCUGAGGGUCUGUGCAAAUGGAUCACUGCCAUGGAGGUUUAUGACAGAGUGGCAAAGGUAGUAGCUCCUAAAAAGGCUAACCUGGCUGUGGCACAGCAGUCACUGGCCACUACCAUGGCCCUCCUGAACCAGAAGAGAGCUGAGCUGAAGGAGGUGGAGGACCGCCUGGCUGCCCUGCAGAAAACAUUUGAAGAGAAAACUGAGGAGAAGGCUCAGUUAGAAUUCCAGGUGGACCUCUGUGCCCGCAAGCUGGAGAGAGCGGAGAAGCUCAUUGGGGGAUUAGGAGGAGAAAAGACUAGGUGGUCUAAAGCAGCCGACGACCUUCAGAACACAUAUGACAAUUUGACAGGUGACGUGCUGAUAUCUGCUGGUGUAAUUGCUUACCUAGGAGCUUUCACUGCUGGCUUUCGUCAGAACUGCACUAAAGAGUGGACCAAACUCUGUAAGUCCAAGAGCAUCCCAUCUUCAGAUGAUUACUCUCUGAGUAAGACCCUUGGAGAUCCAAUCAAGAUCAGGGCCUGGAACAUUUCUGGACUGCCCACUGACAGCUUCUCUAUUGAUAAUGGAGUCAUUGUUAGCAAUUCCAGAAGAUGGCCUCUGAUGAUUGACCCACAGGGUCAGGCCAACAAGUGGGUGAAAAACUCAGAAAGAGAAAACAACCUGAAUGUAAUAAAGCUUACAGAUGCAGACUACAUGAGGACCCUGGAGAACUGCAUCCAGUUUGGUACUCCUCUACUGCUGGAGAAUGUGGGAGAAGAACUGGACCCCUCAUUGGAGCCCCUACUGCUCAAACAGAUAUUCAAACAAGGAGGUAUGGACUGCAUCAGGCUGGGCGAGAGCGUGAUUGAGUACUCGAGCGAUUUCCGGUUUUAUAUAACAACUAAGCUAAGGAACCCUCAUUAUCUGCCAGAGCUGGCCACUAAAGUUUCCCUGCUCAACUUCAUGAUCACUCCAGAGGGCCUGGAGGACCAGUUGCUGGGCAUUGUGGUAGCUAAGGAGAGGCCAGAGUUAGAGGAGGAGAGGAAUGCCCUGAUAGUGCAAUCUGCUGCCAAUAAGAAGCAGCUGAAAGAGAUUGAGGACAAAAUCCUGGAGACGCUGCAGUCCUCGGAGGGGAAUAUCCUGGAGGACGAGAGUGCUAUCCAGAUCCUGGACUCCGCCAAGAUAAUGUCUAAUGAGAUCUCCAAGAAACAGCAGAUUGCAGAGAAGACUGAAAUUAAGAUAGCAGAGUCGAGAGAAGGCUACAGAACCAUCGCCAAGCACUCCUCCAUCCUGUUCUUUAGCAUUGCAGACCUAGCCAACAUUGACCCCAUGUACCAGUACUCACUCAACUGGUUUGUCAACCUUUACAUCAACUCCAUACAGGACAGUAACAAGUCAAAGAUUCUAGAGAGGAGACUGAGAUACCUGAUCGACCACUUCACCUACAACCUGUACUGCAAUGUGUGCCGCUCUCUUUUUGAGAAGGACAAACUGCUGUUCUCCUUCCUCCUCUGUUCCAACUUGCUUCUGGCUAAGAAGGAAAUCGAGUACUCUGAGUUCAUGUUCCUGCUCACAGGUGGUGUGGGUCUGCAGAAUGAUGUCCCCAAUCCUGACCCCACCUGGCUACAAGACAAGAGCUGGGAUGAGAUCUGUAGAGCUAGUGACCUGCCUGGCCUGCAGGGCCUCAAGGAGAGCUUCAUGAAGACACCUGAGAGCUUUUUACCUAUUUAUGACAGUAAGGAGCCUUAUAACACUCCCCUGCCAAAACCAUGGUGCGACAAACUCAGUGACUUUCAGGAAAUGAUCAUUUACCGUUGCCUUCGGCCAGACAAAAUUGAACCAGCAAUUAGUAAUUACGUGACUGAAAAACUGGGCAAAAAGUUUGUUGAACCACCGCCAUUUGAUCUGAGUAAGAGCUACAUUGAUUCUAACUCCACAAUCCCACUAGUCUUUGUGCUCUCUCCUGGAGCUGAUCCUAUGGCCAGUUUGCUGAAGUUUGCCAACGACAAGAACAUGGGUGGCGCUAAGUUCAAGUCGAUCUCUCUGGGUCAGGGCCAGGGUCCUAUAGCUGUGAAGAUGAUCCACUCAGCCAUGAAAGAGGGCACAUGGGUGUGUCUGCAGAAUUGCCACCUGGCUGUGUCUUGGAUGUCCACCUUGGAGAAGAUCUGUGAGGAUUUCAGCCCAGAAACAUGCCACCCAGACUUUCGCCUCUGGCUCACCAGCUACCCCUCCCCUAUGUUCCCAGUGACCAUCCUGCAGAAUGGGGUGAAGAUGACAAAUGAGCCACCCACAGGCCUCAGGCUAAAUCUUCUGCAGUCCUACCUGUCUGACCCAGUCUCCGAUCCCGAGUUCUUCUCUGCAUGUCCAAACAAAGAGCUGGUUUGGGAAAAGCUCCUAUAUGGGGUUUGCUUCUUCCAUGCCCUUGUCCAAGAGAGAAAGAAGUUUGGACCGCUGGGUUGGAACAUUCCAUAUGGAUUCAAUGAAUCAGAUCUGCGUAUUAGUAUCAGGCAGUUGCAGCUCUUUGUGAAUGAGUAUGAAGAGGUUCCAUUUGAGGCAAUCACUUAUCUGACAGGAGAGUGUAACUACGGUGGGCGAGUGACAGAUGACUGGGACCGCCGCCUUCUCCUGACCAUGCUGGCUGACUUCUACAAUAAAGACAUCAUAGAGAACCUUCGCUACACCUUCUCCCCCAGUGGCAAAUACUACGCACCUCCGAAGUCCAUUUAUGAAGACUAUGUGGAGUUUAUCAGGAAUCUGCCUGCUACCCAGCAUCCAGAGGUGUUUGGCAUGCAUGAGAAUGUGGACAUUUCUAAAGACCUGCAGCAGACCAAACUCCUGUUUGACUCACUGAUCCUCACUCAGGGGGGAGGCUCCAAGGGGGGAGGCAGUUCUGGAGGAGACAACACACUGCUGGACAUUGCCAACGACAUUCUUUCUAAACUUCCAGGGAACUUUAACAUCGAGUCUGCCCUUGAAAAAUUCCCAGUGCUAUACGAAGAGAGUAUGAACACAGUGCUUGUACAAGAGAUGGAACGAUAUAAUAAUUUGUGCAACACCAUCCGUGUGAGUCUGCAGAACCUGCUGAAGGCUAUUAAGGGGCUGGUGGUGAUGGAUGCAGAACUGGAGGCUAUAGCAGGCAGCCUGCUAGUGGGUAAAGUGCCAGAGAAGUGGGCCAAGCGCUCCUACCCCAGCCUCAAGCCCCUGGGCAGCUACAUCACAGACUUCCUCGCUAGGCUCAAGUUUCUGCGGGACUGGUAUGACACAACGAAGCCCCACGUGUUCUGGCUGUCUGGGUUCUUCUUCACCCAAGCGUUCCUGACAGGAGCCAUGCAGAACUAUGCCAGGAAAUACUCCAUCCCUAUUGACCUCCUUGGCUUUGAAUAUGAGGUGCUUCCUUUCGACACCUCAGCCACUUCUCCCGAGGAUGGAGUGUAUGUUCAUGGCCUCUUCUUGGAUGGAGCGCGAUGGGAUAAGAAAAGUGGCGUCUUAGCUGAACAGUACCCAAAAGUUCUCUUUGAUUCAGUGCCCAUCAUUUGGAUAAAACCAACGGAUAAGCGUGUUGUGAAGCAACCCCAUAACAUCUACGUCUGUCCUCUCUAUAAGACCAGCGAACGUAAGGGCACUCUGUCCACCACGGGCCACUCCACUAACUUCGUCAUCUCCAUUAUCUUGCCCACCAGCAAGCGUCCACAGCACUGGAUCAAGAGAGGUGUGGCCAUGCUCUGCCAGCUGGAUAAUUAAGACAUAGCAUCCUAUGAAAAUGCACUUUACUGGACCUUUACAUUUAAUGCUGCAGCUCUACAUUUAAUGAUGCCCUAAAUUUGAAUAUAUAAUCCAGUUUUGCUUCACA